AUGUCGUCCUAUAGUUGGCAAUCAGCUGAAGGCUCCCAGUACACCCCCUCGGCAUCCCCGUCAUCUUCCAAUGCAUCAACCCCAGCUUCAACCAACCACCGUCGCUCGACUUCCAUGACUUCCGUCGGAUCCGAGCGGACCAAAUCUGAUGCCUUGGUGCCAUUCGAGACAUUUACCGGUAUCGCCGUUCCCGACCUUGGCAGGAACUAUGGAACGAUGAUGGUUCAGCUUAUGGUUGGCUCCGGACAACACCGCGUCAUCUUCGAGAUGCACAAGCAGCCUCUGAAUGACGAGUCUCUCUACUUCCGCAAGCUCUUUGCCGCCAGACCAGGCUUGAAUACCCAUUCUCUGCCAGACAUCGACCCCGCCACCUUUGUCUUCGUAUACAAAUGGCUCUACGGCAACAGGAAGUCAAUUGCUCAAUUCAUCGUUCUUGGCCGUAUCAACUGCGAACAAGAGGGUAUUCGGACAAUGAUCGAACUUUACUUCGUCGCCUACCAUCUGAAAUUCACUCUAAUCGAGGACCUUGCGAUGGAACUUCUCGGCAACGGCUACUACCACAGUGGCUUGUACCCAAGCAACGACGACAUUGAGCUUGCAUACACCAAAACCGAACCAGGAUCAGCACUUCGUCGAUACAUGGCCCGGCAAUUCCAACAGAAGAUCCUGACCUCCACUGGCUCAUCCCUCGACGAGCUCCAUGGCCUUCUCAAUCGUCAGCCUUCACUUGCUGUGGACUUCGUUCUGCAGUCACGAGGUGUCUUGACCAAUGGUCUGUGGCGCACUGAAACUCUCACGGUCUGCGAGUUCCAUGCUCAUCCCCGUGGAGAUCCAUGUCCUACUGCCCAGCUCACAUUCACUUCCAUCGACUACGCCUACGCAACUGGCCGUUGCGAUGUGUCCGACAUGUAG